AUGAAGCUUUGUGGAGAUAGAUAUUACGAGUAUCUUUUUGCCUUGGGAACUCUGAUAUCUACAUUGACUGGUGUUGAGAUGUUCAAGAAAAUCUUGGAUUUUGGACAGGUGAUUACGAAGCCUGGUUCUGUGAAAACAUACAAGAGGAUUGAGGCGGAGAUAUAUGCCCUCACAAAAAGACGAAGGCCUCAAUUCUACAUGCGAACUACAGAUAUUACUGCUAAAGUGGAGUUGCCAGAAAAUAUUAAGAUAGUUAUGUUGGGAGACAAUGUUAGUGCUGUAUUUGAGUUGAUUUCCCCAGUUCCUCUCGAAGCAGAAAAUCUGGACUUCAUUCAAGAGUUGUUCUGGAAUAUUCUUACAACAGAUUUCAUGGCUUUUAUGGGUACAAAUGGAAGGGCAUGUCUUUGA